AUGCCGUCAACGUCGCUGGCCCUGACGCCGGGCCUGGCCUCGUUCCUCAAGUCGCUCAAGACCAACCCGAUUGACACAUCGAUCGAGAACCUCAUUUCGCUGCUCAAGCGACGACAGAUCCGACACUCCCGGUCAUGCGCUACAGCAACCGCCUACCUGCUCUUGCGGGUGAUUUCAGCAUGUCGGACUUCGGAUCCAGUGAGGCUCAUCGAGCGAGUGCAGAGUGUGGGAAGACGCUUGGUGGCAGCGCAGGCCCGCGAGAUGGUGGUGGGAAAUAUUGUGCGCCGAGUUCUGGGAUUGAUUCGUGACGAGGCGGAGGAUGAUCGGGACGCUGAAUUCGCGCUCAGCGAGGCUUCGGAGAGCCAGCCUCAGACACCACGGGCACUGGAUGACACAUCAUUCCCUUUGGAUAGAGACUCGCCUUCGGUGCGGCCAGACGGCGAACGGUCUUCAUCCCGGCCCCCUCUGACUUCUAUGUUCAGUCUGCUCUCCCACCCGGAGCCAGAGGCCUCGCUUCCAAGCACACCAGGCUCUGUUUCUCCCGGUGGCCGGGGACCCGGCCAAGGCAGCAAAGAUGUGCGGGCAGAAGUGUUGGAGGGCAUCAAUGAGAUCAUUGACGAGUUGGGCCAGGUCGACGACCAGAUCGCUGCUUAUGCCUUGGAUCACAUCCACUCCAAUGAGAUCAUCCUCACACAUACAUCGUCGACCACGGUGCAAAAAUUCCUCCUCAAGGCCGCUGCCAAGCGCAAGUUCACCGUUAUCCACGCGGAAUCUUUCCCCAACAACCACGAGGCCACUCAUGCUACUGUCAGCGGCACUACUAGCAGCGAAGACGAGCUGAUGAGCGUGGAGUCCUUCCAGAAGCCGCUGAUCGCCCUUGGCAUCACCGUCAUUCUCAUCCCAGACUCUGCCGUCUUUGCUCUGAUGUCCCGAGUCAACAAGGUCAUCCUCGGCACGCACUCUGUACUCGCCAACGGCGGUCUCAUCGCCGCAGCAGGCACCCGCGUCAUUGCUCGCGCCGCCAAGGUGCACCAGACCCCUGUUGUGGUCGUGAGCGGUGUCUACAAGCUCAGCCCCGUUUAUCCGUUCGAUUUCGACUCGCUCAUUGAGUACGGCGACGCAAGCAAGGUCCUCUCGUACGAAGACGGUGACCUGGUCGACAAAAUUGAAGUCCAGAAUCCGUUAUAUGACUAUGUCCCUGCGGAACUGGUCGAUCUUUACAUUACGAACCUAGGUGGCCAUGCGCCGUCGUAUCUCUACCGGAUUGUCUCUGACCAUUACCGCAUGGAGGAUAUCAGCUUUUGA